CCCAGAGGUCCUGCUCUGACUGCAGACAUGGUCGUACUGAAGGGCGUCCCAGAGCUGCUGUCCCCAGAGUUGCUGUAUACGUUGGCGCGCAUGGGGCAUGGAGACGAGAUAGUUCUUGCAGACGCCAACUUCCCCACUUCCUCCAUCUGUCGGUGUGGGCCUGAGGAGAUCCGGGCGGAUGGCCUGCGCAUCCCACAGCUCUUACAGGCUGUAUUGCAGCUGCUGCCCCUGGACACCUAUGUGGAGAGCCCGGCUACUGUCAUGGAGCUGGUGCCCGACGACAAGGAGAAAGGCCUGGAGACCCCAGUGUGGAAACAUUAUGAGAUGCUCCUGUUGCAUGCUGGCUGCAAGAGUGCCCUGGCAAAGAUGGAGAGAUUUGAGUUUUACGAACGAGCCAAAAAGGCUUUUGCUGUUGUUGCGACUGGGGAGAAGGCACUCUAUGGAAACAUCAUCCUCAAGAAGGGCACAAUUGCUCUUGGCUCCCAGUUUGGGGCCUGGUGGAGACAAUUCUGAGCGGAAAAGAAUUGAGAGUGCCACAGGCCUACCUCCAGCAGCCUCCAGACCUGGGCCUCAGACAGGCUCUCAAGAGGCCAGUAGGUUUUGGGGGACCCUGCCAACUGAGACUGAGAGUCCCCUGAGUUUUGAAAUGAUGGAAAAAUACAGUCACUAUGAAUCUUCA